CGCUUUGAAAUCCAUCCCGGGCUACGGAAACCCGGUGGAAAACCACCUGGCUGAGCAACCAAGAUUUCGAAGGGGUGGGGCUUGGGGCAGGCCGACCCGGAGAACCCAGCGCGAGAAUGCUCUCGGCGCAUGCGCACCGCUGAACGGUAACUUCCACUUGCGAGAUGGGGGAGGCGAGUGAGAAGCAGUCUAGUUUCUGACUAUUCGUUCUCAACCGAAACUAGGUUGUGAAAAGUUCCGUGAACAACGGGAGGACGUUCUCCUCCGAGCUCAAGAUUAAGGACGCCUGGCAUGCAGCGCCCCAGCAGGAGGUGACUUCUCGUCGUUUUCCCCGUCCCUUGGGACUUUGGUGGUCUAGUCCAUUCCGCCGACUUUCGAGACCUCGCAGCGGGUCGGGGAUCGAAGGAUUGGGCCAAUUGCGGCUGAAACGUCUUUGGAAGGAGGAAGGGGUUAAGGGUGCAACCCUUUGAGUUCCGCCUCUCCCUCUUCGAGGCGGCGGUGGGGAAGGGGGACGAACGCUGUACAGCCCUAGAAAGCCGACGGAUCACACCUCCCCGUGCGAACUGCCGGGAGGGCGGCGGGAAAGGGGCAAGACGGGAGUAGGGAAGGGGCAGGAGCCGGGCAGCCGCGCGGGAGGGCGCGCGCGCGCGCCCCUUUUUCAGCAGUGUGGCGGGGUCGCACGCUCGCCCGCCUCGGCGGCUGGGCGCGGUUUGCGACAGUGGGGGGAGCGGUGGCGGUGGCGGCGGCAGCGGCAACUUUGCGGCAAGCUCGGGCCGGGCUUGCUUGACGGCGGUGUGGCGGAGGCCCCGCCCUAGGCGGCAGGAACCUGGAGGGAGGCGGAGGAAUAUGUCCGAGAGGGAAGUGUCGACAGCGCCGGCGGGAACAGACAUGCCUGCGGCCAAGAAGCAGAAGCUGAGCAGCGACGAGAACAGCAACCCCGACCUCUCCGGGGAUGAGAAUGAUGAUGCUGUCAGUAUCGAAAGUGGUACCAACACUGAACGCCCUGAUACACCUACAAAUACGCCAAACGCACCUGGAAGGAAGAGUUGGGGGAAGGGAAAAUGGAAGUCAAAGAAAUGCAAAUACUCCUUCAAAUGUGUAAAUAGUCUAAAGGAAGAUCAUAACCAACCUUUGUUUGGAGUUCAGUUUAACUGGCACAGUAAAGAAGGAGACCCACUAGUGUUUGCAACUGUAGGAAGCAACAGAGUUACCUUAUAUGAAUGUCACUCACAAGGAGAAAUCCGGUUGUUGCAAUCUUAUGUGGAUGCUGACGCUGAUGAAAAUUUUUAUACUUGUGCAUGGACGUAUGAUAGCAAUACAAGCCAUCCUCUACUGGCAGUGGCUGGAUCUAGAGGCAUAAUUAGGAUUAUUAAUCCCAUAACAAUGCAGUGCAUAAAGCACUAUGUUGGCCAUGGAAAUGCUAUCAAUGAGCUGAAAUUCCACCCAAGAGAUCCCAAUCUUCUCCUGUCAGUAAGUAAAGAUCAUGCUUUACGUUUAUGGAAUAUCCAAACGGACACAUUGGUGGCAAUAUUUGGAGGUGUGGAAGGCCACAGAGAUGAAGUUCUAAGUGCUGAUUAUGAUCUUUUGGGUGAAAAAAUAAUGUCCUGUGGUAUGGAUCACUCUCUCAAACUUUGGAGGAUCAAUUCAAAGAGAAUGAUGAAUGCAAUUAAGGAAUCUUAUGAUUAUAACCCAAAUAAAACUAACAGGCCAUUUAUUUCUCAGAAAAUUCACUUUCCUGACUUUUCUACCAGAGACAUACAUAGGAAUUAUGUCGAUUGUGUGCGAUGGUUAGGUGAUUUGAUACUUUCCAAGAGUGGCCGUGCCAUUUUACAUUCCCACCAGCAAUGUAAGAAAGAUCCAGUGUCUUCGAAUCUUCGCCGGCAUUUGUCUUGUGAAAAUGCCAUUGUGUGCUGGAAACCUGGCAAAAUGGAAGAUGAUAUAGAUAAAAUUAAACCCAGCGAGUCCAAUGUGACUAUUCUUGGACGAUUUGAUUACAGCCAGUGUGACAUUUGGUAUAUGAGAUUUUCUAUGGAUUUCUGGCAAAAGAUGCUUGCAUUGGGCAAUCAGGUUGGCAAACUUUAUGUAUGGGAUUUAGAAGUGGAAGAUCCUCAUAAAGCCAAAUGUACAACACUGACUCAUCAUAAGUGUGGUGCUGCUAUUCGGCAAACCAGUUUUAGCAGGGAUAGCAGCAUUCUUAUAGCUGUUUGUGAUGACGCCAGCAUUUGGCGCUGGGACCGACUUCGAUAAAAUACUUUUUGCCAAUCAAAACUAGAGUGUGUUUUCUGUGUACAAUAGAGUUAAUGUAUCUUGCUAGUAAGGGCACAUAGAGCAUUUAGAGUUGUCUUUCAGCAUUCAAUCAGCUGAGCUGAAUGUAGUGAUGUUUACAUUGUUUAUACUCUUUGUACUGUCUUCUGCUCAGACUUUACUGCUUUUAAUAAAAAUUUAUUUUUGUAAAGUUGUGUGUUAUUUUAAUUUAUUUUCAUUGUGAUGCAAAGAACUGUUGAAAGUAAUAAAAUUAUAUAUCUGUUU